AGUGGCUGUGUUUUGUGUCGUUGUGAAUGACAGAGAGAGAGAGAGAGAGAGAAAAGAGAGAGAGAAGAGAGAGAGAGCGGACAGGCUCACAGGGAAGCUCUCAGGGGCAACAGAUCUGGUUUGCUCGGCUGAAAGACCAAACACGGGAUGGAUUUCUGCACAAGGAGGGAGCAGCUGCCUCACACAUAAAAAGCCAGGAUGUCAGGGAUGGACGUCCCAUUAGUGGACCACAAUGACACUGGAAUCUCUUCAGUAGACAAUGGGACCUUCCUCCGCUUCUCCCCAACCUCUGCCUCCACGUCGGCGGCUGCCUCAUCUCCAGGACGUCCGGGCAACGUCUAUGUCUACGUGUGGCUCUUCCUCGGCCUGCUGGUGUUCCUGCUGACACUGCUCAUCAUCUCCCUCCACAGGCUGAAGAACAUCAUCUCCUCCUCCUCCUCUGUGCCCGACUGCAGCAGCGAGGGAGGAAGCUCCUUCACCAACAUGGAGAUCUGCAGCAUAUCAUCUCAGAGGUCCACCAUCUCCUCGCUCUCCACCUGAGGGGAAUGUGAGGGAGCACAUAUAGUAGAGACACAAACAUGUCUAUGUGCUCUCAUCUGUGCAUGGAACAGGAAGGCAUGCACACACACGAAGCGCACAGAGGUGUGACACCUCCACACUGUGACAUACAAACACUAAAACACCUUGUCAGCUGCAAAGGUGCUGACUGGAUGGCAUCACACUUCAUGCAUGCACAUACUAGUCCUGACGGUCCAGUAGUUCUGGAGUGUCCAUGCAAUUUGCGUGGGCACAGGGGAAAUAUAGCUCACAAUGUGAUGAAGAGGUCUUGAGGGGUGAGAGUGACCCUUAAGAGUUUUACAAUUAAGACAAAUGAACCCGAGAAACUGCUUUCCCUCUGCAGGAAAAAGCAUAAUGAGCAUCUCCUAUCGUUCCUCCUCUUUCUUGUGUUGUACGUGUCACUUACUUUAAAAGAAAUAGCAUCGUUACGAAAGUGAAGUUUUGUACAGCAUGUCUCCUAAUGUCUGUAGAUUACAAAAUGAGUAUCGAAACAAUAUUAAAUAUUACUUUGUACAGAAA